AGGAAAAGGUUUUCCUUUUUGCCAAUUUCCUUUUCUCUUCAAGCAAACUUCCCUUUACUUACAUGAUUCCUUUUGUCGUCAAACAAAGAUAAUUUUCUUUUUCCUGACUUGAAAAACGCUCCAACACCCAAGUACCCGAGCUCCUCAUCAGCAGUUAUGCAUCUCAUCUUCCUGAAUCACAUCUUAUACUACUUUCUGUACUACUUCAACGACUAGUACAGAACACCAAAAUAACUGCAUCUUCAUAGGUGACAUGGUGAGAGCCUCGACUUCAGAAGCUCUUAUAAUUUACGGUAAUGGAGAGAACAGAGGGACUAAGAGACGCUCGGUCGUGGUACUGGAUCUUGAUAUUCUUGAUUGUCCUGUUUGCUGUGAAGCAUUGACGAUUCCUAUCUUCCAGUGUGACAAUGGACAUUUAGCUUGCGCUUCUUGCUAUCCCAAACUGAGUAAUAAAUGCCCUUCAUGUGCUUUCCCUGUUGGUCACAUUCGCUCUAGAGCAAUGCAGAGUGUUCUUGAAUCGAUCUUGGUCCCAUGCCCAAACGUCACGUUUGGUUGCACAAAGAAUUCCUCUUAUGGGAAAGAGUUAACUCAUGAGAAAGAAUGCAACGUCGCUCCAUGUUCCUGCCCUGUGGAAGACUGCGAUUAUAUUGGCUCAUACAAGGAUCUCUACGAUCACUAUGAUCUAACUCAAUUGAAAAGAUUCACACUUGAUUACUUCAGUUGUGGCAAUUCCUUUAAUCUCCCGAUGAAAAUCAGCGAUAAGAAGAUAGUAAUUAGAAUGGAAGACACGAAGAGACUCUUGUUUGCAGUGCAGUGUUUUAAGGAGCCUUGUGGUGUGUAUGUAACCGUAAGCUGCAUUGCACCAUUUACUCGAGAAGUAGGAGCGUUCUCAUAUUAUUUCUCCUAUGCUGUGGAUGGAAACGUUAUGAGUUACGUAUCAACAGAGAUGAAGAGGGUUCUUGAAGUGAGUUCUCAAGUCCCUAAGAAGAAUUUCAUGUGGAUACCUCACUGUUUAUUGCGCGAUGAUGGAUGGUUGAAUAUAGUGCUCUGCAUCAAAAUUUCUGAGAACGACCAACAAAACAUGUAA